AGAAGAGGAACUGCCCCAUCAACGUGUAUUUCAUCAUUGACACCUCGGAGAGUGUUGCUCUGCAGACUGUGCCUAUCCAGAGCCUCGUGGAUCAAAUAAAGAGGUUCAUCCCUGUGUUCAUCGAUAAACUGGAGAGUGAGCUCUACCAGAACCAAAUCUCCAUCACUUGGAAGUUUGGUGGACUUCAUUACUCAGAUGUGGUGGAAAUUUACAGCCCUUUAACGAACAGCAAAGACACAUACCUCCAGAAGUUGCUGGCUAUUAACUACCUUGGUCGGGGCACCUUCACAGACUGUGCCAUCUCCAACAUGACAGAGCAGAUCCAGACCCAGAUGGACUCGGGUGUGAACUUUGCAGUAGUCAUCACCGAUGGCCACGUCACCGGCAGCCCCUGCGGGGGGAUGAAGGUGCAGGCUGAGCGGGCAAGAGACGUGGGGAUCAAGCUCUUCGCAGUGGCCCCCAGUGAGAACGUCUACGAGCAGGGACUGCGGGAGAUCGCCAACCUGCCCCACGAGCUGUACCGCAACAACUACGCCAUCACGCAGAGAGACACCCUGGACAUCGACGUGAACACCAUCGAGAGGAUAAUCCAAGCCAUGAAACACGAAGCCUACGGAGAGUGCUACAAGAUGAGCUGCCUGGAGAUUGCAGGUCCACCUGGUCUCAAGGGAUAUCGAGGGCAGAAGGGUGCCAAGGGGAACAUGGGUGAGCCAGGCUCCCCUGGGCUGAAGGGACGACAGGGUGACCCAGGUAUUGAAGGUCCCAUCGGAUACCCUGGUCCCAAGGGUGUCCCAGGGCUGAAAGGAGAGAAGGGCGAGAUUGGAUCGGAUGGACGCAGG